CGUGACAAAGGAGUUAAAUACAAACGCAAUGACAAGUGCUUUCUAUUGUUUCCAGCACUCUCGCUCUCAGCCUGUCAUCUAUUUAUUCACUCCUCAGGAGUACUUCAGGAGAGAAGUGAAGUCAAAAUGACAGCGAGGAUUUUCAGAUCUUAACUCCAAGCAACCACUAAGAAGCAAAUAAACUCAUUAUCGUAUGGUUUUUCUCUUCCGACCGGCACUUAUUCACAAGUUGGUGAAAGUGAGAUUGUUUUUACUGGCGCUGACGAUUUUCUCUUUGAUUUCGAGCAAGCAGACGAUAGACAGUCAUGGUCAAUCGUCGUCAUGGUAUUGAACUCAAUAUUACAUUUGCAAUCUCUACCAUGGCUCACGAGUUGCAGUUCAGUGGUCUUUGGAAAGUGUAAUCAUCAAUAACAUAGCACAUUUUAGUUUGGACCAAACUCCUCCGAAAUAACUCAGUGGAUUCUUUAAGCAUAAUACUAACCAUCGAUUCUUCAUGGAAAAUUAUGUAUCUCUUUAUACAUAGACAUUGUCUGCCAGUUUUGAUUGAAUCAUGAUAAUCUUGAUCGAUCCGGGUGAGAUUAAGGCGAGUUAAAAUCCGGCAUCUUUAAAGAACAAACAUCAGGAGCUGAACAGUACUGACACGACGUCGAAUUUCAUAAGAAGAAUGGAGGAAUAAUCAAUUUUAUUCAUCAAACAGUUCUGCAAGCUCGCUGUCUGUUCAUCGUUAAAUAUAAAUCUAUGCUUAGAUGAAGUUCAAUUCCCCUGGUGCUUCUCAAUUUCUGCCCAUUGCCAAGCAAUUAAACCUGAUGCUUAUAAAUAAACAAGAAUUAUUUUGCAACGAAUCUCUCGAAAUGGCUGGCAUAGGGAAUGGAAGCUUCACAUGAUCACAUCGAUCUUUAUCCAAUUAUGAAAAAUGGAAUUGAAUUUGAUAUGAAUUCCUUCUCAUUAAUUCCAUCCCCGUAAAGUUCAAGCGUGAUACCAUUACCAUAGCAACGGGAUAUAAUGUAUCACAUUCAUGGUAGAUCAUCCAAUUACAACUUCAUCAAUGCCAGUGUAUAUCCAUGGAAUAAAAAAGACUGGACUGAAAUUGAUUAGCCAGGGUGCAGGAUAGUCUCUCUCGCCUGAGCCUCGUUGGUUUCUUGUUUCGGAUGAGCACUCUGUAUUCCGAAGUCCAAGCUAAUUAAGCAAAUUACAUUUUGGCACAACCGUGAAGUACAGGCCGGGAAAGUCAUGAUAUAUUGAACAAAACCUAUAUGCUGAUGAAUCGGAGAGUUAUUUAGAAUUUAGCCACCACGGGAGUGAAUAUAAAAAUGACAUUAUUAUUUGAGCUCUAUAUAUAUAUAAAAGGAAAUGAGAAAAUAUACGGGAAAAGCUGUUCAUACUUUUACGCGCGGAAGAUGAGUAUCCAUCGGAGAAGAAUCCUGGAUAAUGGACUCGUAAGAUCAUAAUUUUUGAAUAUUUUGAAAGAAUACAAAUUUGUUUCAUUCGUCGAACGUGACAUUUUUACGUGAAAAUGGAUGAAAUGCGAUCGAAUACUUCCACUUCGAGUGGGAGAUCGAUUGGGACGUCGAUGUCGAAGAAAAACCAACAGAAACUCUCCUUGGAGAUCACCUGGAAGAGCCUCGAUCAGGAGCGUCAGCACUUCUUGAAGCUGAUGGCGCUGAACGAAAAACUCCUCCGGAACAGACAGGAGAAGAGAGACAACCGAAUAGCCCAUCUGCAGUCACAUCUUACCGCACCGCAGAUUGCCGAGAUAGAAACCAUCAGGAAAAAGAAGAAAGAACCAAAGAGGUUGGCUGCAGCGGAAAGGAGCAGUCUCGAGGAAGCUGAUGUUGAAAGUCCGAGGGGAAUCGACUCGCCAGACGGGGUAAGUGGCGGGAAGGAUGCUCCGUCUUGUAGAACAAUCCAAUCUUUAACUAAUGAUACGCUAGGUGGAAGAUCGAGAUCCUUUUAUGGACACGAGCGGAGUACAGACAGUCGAGUGGCAUCUGACAGUAAAUGCGAUACGCCGUUGGAGGUUGUGAAUAACCCGAAAGAGAAAAGUGUAACUUUCUUGAAAGAAAGGACUUCUCAAAGUGCACCGAAGAUCAGAGAAAAGUCUUUCACAGAUACACCCUUAAGAACACACCCACCAACAAGGUCUUUGUUGAAACCCAAUAAAUCUGCAAUGACAAGGAGUACACCCAAUUUAGACCAGGUUGGUAUAAAACCUACUUUGAACAUGUCGACGGUUCCAUCUCGGAUGCGAGCAUCGUCCUCGUCGUCGUCGCCAUCCACGUUCUCUUGUCAUGAAGAAAGCAAACGAGAAAUGGAGAGAAGACGUUCCCGAAGUGUCGGCAGCUCCGAUCGCAGUAGGACACCUUUAUCCCCUGGACACCAGGCUAGCUCUAGUGUGUUCCGUGAUGCCAUGGAUGCCAUCAAAAAAGAACGAACGAGGACGGAUAUGAGAAACCUCAUGGUUAUUGAAAACGGGCUGCAAUUGAUGCACCUUCAGCGCCGCAAAGAUGAACUUAUAGCUGAAAUAGGAGAAAUGGUCAAACGCGAUCGGGACUUUGCUCAGAGACAGCAAGUCUUUCGCCCGCCCAGCCCGAAGAAGAAAGUCACGCUGACGUCGCUUACGCAGGCGGAACUCAUAAACGCCGCAUCCCAGGGUGCCGACAUCAACGACCUCCGCAAGGAGAUACGACGUCGAAAGAACGAGCGUAUGAGGGAGCGAAUGAAGAUGGACAUACCUGCUGAUCAGCUGAAGAGGAAAGAUCACGAAACCGAAGAUGAAUACGCCAAGAGAAUCGAGAAAUGGUGGCGAGAUAUGAGGAAAGUCAGAUAUCUGAGACGGGCUUCGACGAAACAAGACUUCAGCGAUGUCGUCACACUGGCCAUGGCUCAGAAAAAUAAUGACAAUAUCUGGAGACAGAGCCUGAGAGAUAAUUUGUUUUAGUAAAUAUCACUUAAUGGUCAGUGUUAAUUGGUUAUGUGAUAAUGAAUAUUUAUGACCGCUUGCUCUGGCACCAGUUGGUCUAGUAUUGGGACCCGUUUCAUAAAAUUUACUAUCAUAGCAAUGCCAUCCACCCUUUUGGUUAUGAUAAUAUAUAGGCCUACGGUGUAUUUUUUUAUGUUGCCGUGUAGUCAUAAGCGCAUAAUUAUAAUGAUAUCAAAUACAUUUUAUUGACAGUCACUUCUAAAUGUAUUUAUCAUACGUGAAUCAUUGCUAUAACAAAACUUUCCAUUUUGAAAUUUGAAAACUUGAUAUUUCUGUGAAACAUAAUAGUUGAAUUAUAUUUCUGAUGUAAAAAAAAAUCUUUUAAAUAUUGUUCUAUACUCAGAUUCUAAUUCAUAAUAUUUUGUCAAACUUCCUUACAAAAUAUGCAAACUGGACAAAAAAUAAAACAUAGACGGUUGCAUCUUCCUUCAUUAGCUACAAACUUAAUUGUCUGGUAUGAAUUUUCAUGCAUGCGGUUAUGAUUUUUUUUUAAGGUCGAUCCGUCGGAGGACAAAACUGUUGGGCGAUAACUGUGAUGACAAAUUAGCUUUUUUUACUGGCUUUGUCUGUACUAUGGUCUAAAUAUAGAUGUAGUAAAAGCAAGGCUCAUUUUUGUAAUCUCUUCCAUCUCCCUGGUAAAGCUAAUGAAUUUCAAGAGCAUUAUGGAUCGUAAUACAAUAACGUUACCAAGGACGAGUCCUCCGUUAUGGAUUGAACUUAAUAAUGAUAAGCAUAUCAUGUAAUGGUGAUUCUGAAAAGAUGAGGGAGAGGG